AAAAGUAGGCAGCGAGGCGUUGGUGGGAUCUGAUAUGGAGCUGAACUUAAGAAUUUGUGCCACUGUUCUUUUAAGUGCAGCGUAGUUUGAGAGGCCUCCGCUUAGAUCGACUCCACGUUAACAUUUGGUCAUAUCAUCGCCUGGUGUAUUCCACCGGUUUAGUGAGUGUAUGACCAGGAGUGGUGGCCGAGCUUGAGUUGGGUGCGCGGCUCCGGCGAGGACUGCGGCGGCGAUGGAGCGUUGGAGGGGCAGAGUGGCCCUGGUGACUGGAGCCUCAGUGGGCAUUGGAGCGGCGGUUGCCAGGGCUCUGGUCCAGCAGGGCAUGAAGGUGGUGGGAUGUGCGAGGAAUGUCGACAAGAUCGAGAAACUGGCUGCAGAGUGUCAGAGUGCGGGCUAUAAAGGCAUGCUGAUCCCCUACAAGUGUGACCUUUCCAAUGAGGAAGAAAUUCUCUCCAUGUUUUCCGCCAUCAAGACCUUACAAAAGGGUGUGGAUGUCUGCAUUAACAACGCCGGCCUGGCACACACUGAACCCUUACUAAGUGGGACAACAGAAGGCUGGAGGGACAUGAUAAAUGUAAAUGUGCUAGCCCUCUCUAUCUGUACCCGGGAGGCGUAUAAAUCCAUGAGAGAAAGGAAUGUGGAUGAUGGUCACAUUAUCAACAUUAACAGCAUGUGUGGACAUCGAGUCAUCCCUAAUUCUGAUGUUCAUUUUUACUCUGCCACUAAGUACGCCGUGACCGCACUGACUGAGGGACUGCGACAAGAGCUGCAAGAAGCAAAGACACACAUCAGAGCCACAUGUAUAUCACCUGGGAUAGUAGAAACUGAGUUUGCCUUUCGGCUCCACAAAAAUGAUCCAGAGAAAGCAGCUGCUGUGUAUGAAAACAUGAAGUGCUUGAAAGCGGAAGACGUAGCCAGUGCUGUCACUUACGUCCUUAGCACCCCGGCCCAUGUGCAGAUUGGGGAUUUGCAGAUGAGGCCAGUGGAGCAGAUGUCGUAGAAGAGUGGAUUCUGCAGGAAGCAAACACAGCUACUACGUUGACCAAUUAGUGACCUCUGCUGUUAAGGGUGGUAGGGAGCCGAACUUAACAAAUUGACGACAAUAGUUAUCAUGGGUCAAGCCCUGAAGGCAACAGAGUUGGGAAAUGAAGUGGAUGUUGGGCACCACUCUGAAACACUACUGGACUUAGUUUUGCGUUAUUUUGUUUUGUUUUUUCCUCACUAGAUUGUUGACCACUUCGUACUGAGCCAACUGUGAAGCUACGAUAGAAUCAAAAAGCAAAGGAGUGUGUCAUGUUGUAUCUCAUGAUCUUUCUGUCUCUCUUGUUCUUUUUUUUUUAAACAUUUUAAAAUUGUCACAUCGACUUGGUCCAUACUGUAGUUUCAUAAAUGCCAAUCAUAGAUGAUACUCUAAUUCAGCCUACCUAACCACCUGUACAGUAUCUGUCCAUGUUGACUGUGUACUAUCGCAAACAUUGUACUAGCAAUGACCUGGAAGGUAUGACAUGAUUUAUUAUUAUUAUUAUUAUCAUUCUUUUAGUACUUGUGGUUACAUUUGGUCUCCGCUGUUGCUGUUAAUUCUGCACUUUAAAUUCGUGGGAGGUAAUUGAAUUGGCAAACUUCAACUAAGAUUGUACCUUAGAAAAUGUAAUCUUCUCACCGGAAAGGAAUCGAAGUAUUACCAAUGACAUGUUGAUGUAGCAAGUUGGAGGCUCUGGAAGUUUGUGUUCAACCUCACUUGGCUUCAAUCAAGAUCUGUGUGACCUUUUAACCAUCAGUCAAUCACUUUUAUUGCCCAUACCCUAUUGUUUUUCGUCAAAUAAAUGAUU